CUGAGAGGCGUGCCGACGUCGUCUUCCGGCGGAGACGGAACAGCGGGCGCCGCCAAGGGCCCUUCUAGGAGAACAGCGAGCAGUCUCGGUGGUGCCGGGUCAUCCGAGCCGUGUCACGUGGCUGGCGAAAGCCGUCGCGGAGGCUGGUGGGGAGGAGAAAUGGGCGGGAGGACUGGGCGAUAGCUUGAAACCCGACGACGACGGGGUUGUCAUGGAGCCGCGGGGCCGGGCUCGCGCAUGCGCCACUCUACUCGCGGGUCGUCCGGUCGCGGAGCGGCGACCUCGGUCCUAGGAGACCAGACCUGGACGUGAGGUGACCAUGGUGUUUGGAAAUGCAGACUCUUGACCUUCAAGCUGUUCAGGGCAGUCCAGAUGAAAAGAGUACUGAUGAAUGCACUUCCAGCCCAGUAAAACAUGGAGAGGAAGAACCCAUCCAGAGAGGGCUCUAGAAGGCUCUCAGCCAAACUGAGCAAAGGCCCAGAGAUGAAAAAAGUGUCUCGUCAACUCGGCAUGGCAGCUGCUGAGUCAGAUAAGGACUCUGGAUUUUCAGAUGGGAGCUCUGAAUGCCUGAGCUCGGCAGAGCAGAUGGAGUCUGAGGACAUGCUGAGCGCCUUAGGCUGGAGCCGAGAAGACAGGCCAAGGCCGAGCGCCAAGCCUGCGAGCGGUGCCUUCCCAACACUGGCCCCCAUGGUUGUCAUGAAGAACGUGCUGGUCAAACAGUGUGCUGCUCUUUUCCUUUGCUUUUUCCUUCAGGGCAGCAGCUCAUCCCAGCUCCAGUCGUGGUCUGUGCAGCCCUCCUUUGAAGUGAUCUCAGCACAGCCCCAGCUCUUAUUCCUUCAUCCACCUGUACCGUCUCCUGUCAGCCCAUGUCACGCUGGUGAGAAAAAGUCGGACUCCAGGAACUACUUGCCCAUUCUCAAUUCUUACACCAAAAUAGCCCCACACCCCGGCAAAAGGGGCCUUUCCCUCAGCCCAGAAGAAAGAGGAGAAGGUGGCAUGCAGAAGAAGAUCUGUACUGAGAGACUUGGGCCAAGCCUGUCUUCUAGCGAGCCGACCAAGGCUGGUGCUGGCCCACCCAGGCCCCCGACUCCAGCGCCCCUCAGCACCAAGCUUGCCGAGGACUCAGCUCUUCAGGGUGUGCCCUGCCUGGUGGCAGGUGGAAGUCCACAGACGCUUCAGCCAGUGUCCAGCAGCCACGUGGCUAAAGCUCCCAGCCUGACCUUUGCUUCCCCCGCCAGCCCUGUCUGUGCGUCAGACAGUACCCUGCACGGGAUGGAGAGCAACUCCCCGCUGUCCCCACUGUCAGCUAGUUACAGCUCCCCUCUGUGGGCUGCGGAGCACCUCUGCCGCAGCCCAGAUAGCUUCUCAGAGCAGCGGCAGAGCAAGCACAGGCGCUUUCAGAAUACCCUAGUAGUCCUACACAAAUCUGGUUUGCUGGAGAUCACUUUGAAAACCAAGGAGCUGAUUCGUCAGAACCAGGCAACUCAGGUGGAACUAGACCAGCUAAAGGAGCAGACCCGGCUAUUUAUUGAGGCCGCCAAGAGCAGGGCUCCUCAGGCUUGGGCCAAGCUGCAGGCGUCUUUAACAUCAGGGUCAGGUCAUACUGGCAGUGACCUAGAAGCAUUCUCCGAUCAGCCAGACAUAUAACAUCGAAGGCAUAUUUUCCUGUUACUUGAGUGGUUCUUUUUAACUCUUUUACCGUUAUCUACUCCUGUUUCCCAAAACUUAUGUAAGAGCCUUCCUUUUAAAUUAAACUGUUCAGUGGUUCACUUACGAAGCCACAUGCCAAUA